GCCAACGGAUUGAGAGACACCCAGAGAUCUCGGGAAUACAUGAAGCCGACUGGCAACUUCAGGCUCGGUUUACCACACAAGGUCGGUUUACAUUAGGAAACGAUGACUACAUCGGGGUCCCUGGAUCGAAUGGAGCUGUGUGAAAGCCUCUUGACAUGGAUCCAGACGUUUGGAGUGGAGGCUCCAUGCAAGACAGUAGAAGACUUGACGAGUGGUGUCGUCAUGGCCCAGGCUCUGCAGAAAAUAGACGUAGUGUAUUUCAAUGAUGCUUGGAUUAGUAGAAUUAAGCCGGAGGUUGGCGACAACUGGAGGUUAAAGAUCAGCAAUUUAAAGAAGAUUCUGAAAGGCAUCCUAGACUAUAACCAGGAGAUCCUGGGCCAGCACAUUAAUGACUUCACACUACCAGAUGUUAACCUUAUUGGAGAACACUCUGACGCAGCAGAACUUGGGAGGAUGCUGCAACUUCUACUGGGCUGUGCUGUCAACUGUGAACAGAAACAAGAAUAUAUCCAGACCAUAAUGAUGAUGGAGGAGUCAGUGCAGCAUGUUGUCAUGACAGCCAUCCAAGAGCUGAUGAGUAAAGAGACUCCAGUGAUGGGAGGAAAUGACUCAUAUGUGGAUCUAGACAGACAGCUGAAGAAGACGGUAGAGGAGCUGAAUGAUGCUUUGUCCACCAAGGAAGAGAUUGCCCAGAGGUGUCGUGAGCUUGACAUGCAGGUGGCAGCGCUGCAAGAGGAGAAGAGCAGCUUGCUAGCAGAAAAUCAGGUCCUGAUGGAGAGACUUAACCAGUCUGACUCCAUAGAAGACAUAAACAGUCCUGCUGGACGCAGACACCUCCAGCUGCAGACACAACUGGAGCAACUGCAGGAAGAAACCUUCAGGUUGGAGGCAUCUAAAGAUGACUACCGAAUCCGUUGUGAAGAGCUUGAAAAAGAACUCUUGGAUGUGAAGUCACAGAAUGAAGAGCUUGCGUCGCUGGCUGAUGAAGCCCAGUCUCUCAAGGAUGAGAUGGAUGUCCUCAGGCAUUCAUCAGACAAAGUGUCAAAGCUGGAGGGAACAGUGGAACACUACAAGAAAAAACUGGAGGACAUGGGACUUCUUAGAAGACAGAAUAAGCUUAUGGAGGAGAAGAACACAGUGUUAAUGCAGACCAAUGUCGGUUUGGAAGAAGAGCUACGAAAGGCAAAUGCUGCCAAGGGCCAGCUGGAGACUUACAAGAGACAGGUGGUUGAACUACAGAACAGAUUGUCGGAAGAGUCUAAAAAGGCUGACAAGAUGGAAUUUGAAUACAAACGUGUCAAAGAGAAAGUGGACUCUCUUCAAAAAGAAAAAGAUCGUAUGCGAACAGAGAGAGAUUCCCUGAAGGAGACUAUUGAGGAGCUGCAUUGUGUCCAGGCCCAGGAGGGACAGCUUACAUCAGGCUUGUUCCCGUUGGUCGGCAACGACGGCUCUGAUUCGCUGGCUGCUGAGAUCACUACCCCAGAGAUACGAGAACAUUUGAUUCGUCUUCAGCAUGAGAACAAGAUGUUGAAGCUGGCCCAGGAGGGAUCUGACAACGAGAAGAUUGCACUGUUGCAGAGUUUACUGGAGGAUGCCAACAGAAGAAAAAAUGAGCUUGAGACGGAAAACAGGUUAAUUAAUCAACGCCUGAUGGAGGAACAGAGUCAGGUAGAGGAGCUACAGAAGAACCUUCAAGAACAGGGUUCGAAGGCAGACGAUUCCUCCAUUCUGAAGAAGAAAUAUGAGGAGCACAUGGAGAAACUACAAGAGUUGAACAAUGAGUUACUGAAGAAAAACGCCUUCAUCGACGAAAUGGAGCCUAAAUACAACUCCAGCGCCCAACGAGUGGAGGAGCUGGAAGAAGCCUUGAAAAAGAAAGAUGAAGACAUGAAACAGAUGGAGGAGAGAUAUAAGAAAUACCUGGAAAAAGCCAAGAGUGUGAUCCGAACCCUGGACCCCAAGCAGAACCAGGGUUCAGGUCCAGAGGUGCAGGCCCUCAAGAACCAGCUGCAGGAGAAGGAGAGGAUGUUGCACUCACUGGAGAAAGAGAUGGACAAGACAAAAACUCAGAGAGAUUACGAGGAGAAACUGAUUGUAUCAGCCUGGUAUAAUAUGGGUAUGUCUCUGCAGAAGAAGGCGGCUGAAGACAGACUUGCCAACACCGGCUCCGGUCAGUCCUUCCUGGCCCGACAGAGACAAGCCACCAGCACACGCCGCUCCUAUCCAGGCCACGUCCAGCCAGCUACCGCAAGAUCCAUGAGGUAGAGAUGCCAGGCAAGACAGCCAAAAUCUUGCACCACUUUUUUUUCCUGACUAAUCAUAUUUUACCCUGACUCCUAUGAUGCCAGGCUCCUUUUCACACCCCAGCAUAUUUGAUAGGGUCUGACUUAUCACCCCUAACACACUGACCUUCCUUCGCCUGUGCUCUGAGGCAGACCUUUGUCAGACAGGUCAUUUGGAUCCAGAGAGAGAGAGGAAUCCCAUCUUCUUUACAAUUUACUGUCGUUUUUGUUAGAGGAGCAGCCCUGCCUGUUCAUGCAGUAUUUAUGCACAUCUCUACCUGUCUUGGCAUUCGAGGUUCAUCUUGUUUCUUGACCGGAGUUGACAGAUUAUCUGUCCUGCGUUAUCUGUUUUAACUCUUAUAAUGUAGCUUUCAGCAGGCGACAGCAAUUUUCAUUCUCAUGAGUGUGUGUUUUAUAUGUAUUUUUCAGUUGGGGAUAAGUUGCUUCUCUGCAAUGUCAUUGUGUUUUCAAUUCAGAUCAAUAUUAAGCAACGAAUACAUUGAGGCAUAGGAAGAUGUAUAGUCAUCACAUGUAAAUGUUCCAUUUGCUAGCUAAAAUGUCUUAAUUAUAACCAACACGACAACACAAUUUGGAUAAAAACAGGUUAAUAUGGGCUGGUAACAGUGCAGCAAUAAAUUGUGAAUGGUCAUUUCUUCUGAGCAAAGAAAGGUAAAAUAACUGCUUUAUGACACUAGAACAGUGACGGUAAGUUUUGGCAUUGACAAUAAAAUUUGGAGUUAAAAAAGGAACCGAAAAUAAGAAAGAAAAUAAAAGACAGACAAAGAUGUUUUUCAAAAGUAUUUUUUUUUUUUUUUGCAUUUUGGUUUGUUUUUUUUUUUUACUUCAUGUCACUCUUUCUUUUCAGUAUCAGUUUUUUUGUACGUUUGCUUUUACAUGCCAAAGCAGUGGCAGAAAGUUUUUUUUAAAGAUUAUUUCUGGGCUUUUUGCCUUUAUUUGAUAGGAUAGCUAAAGCGUGAAAGGGGGGAGAGAGAGGGGUUUACGUUCAGCAAACGGCUGAGGCAGGAAUCAAACCGGCAGCUUCUGCAGCAAGGUGCACACUUUGCCAACUGAGCUACUUUGUGGCACACAGUGGCAGAAAUCCGAACAGGGUUUCCACGAUUACAGAAAACCUGAAAAAGUCAUGGAAUUUCACAAACAGUUUCCUAGCCUGGAAAAGUUAUCAAAUUAGUAAAAAAUCUUGAAAGUUUUAGAAAAGUGAUGGAGUUUUGUUGAGUAUAAUGCUCUUUCCCUUCAUGUAUGCCAGAUAGCAGAAUUUUUCUUAUCAUAGAGUUAGCAUCUGAUAUGUCCUUUAAAAGUCAUGGAAAAGGUUUAACAUUUUGUCCAUAAUCCAUGGGAGCUCUGGCUUAAAUUGAAGAAAGAAUUUAAAAAAAAAAAAAGUCGUAAAAAAAAAAAAAACUGACACUGAAAAAGGAGUGACAUAAAAAAAUUAAAGAUUUAUUUUUUCUUCUGACUUACUGUCGCUGUUAUCAUCAUACUGCUUCAGCUAUUGAAAGUGGAAUCCACAGCAGGGCAGAUUGAAGCAAGGAUCAUGUGCCACAUAACUGUGCAGAUUAGGCUUCAUUAUCUUUCUUGAGGAGCCAAUGUCAAAUAAACUGAAAGGUAUCAGAUGGUUUUAGCUUUACCGGCAUCGACAGGUUGUCUCAGACAACACCUCGUGUGCCAUAGUGUUCAAUGUAUGUGCCACAAUAUUUGGUUGAUAUUAUCUCUGCAACAGUGCAGGCUUCCCUGAGAUUGUGACUGAAAUAUAGAUCCUCUGACUUAUAGGUAGAAAGGGGAUUUGGUUUGUAGAUCCCUCGUAAUGCCAACAAAUCAACAAGUUUAUUCAGUUGUCGCUCAUUGAAACAGAAGAAGAAUCAGUUUAUUGCUGUCAUAAUAGAAAUGUUUUUUAAGGUGUUUCAGAAAUUAAAGCACACACUGCUAAGUAUUGCCCUUGUCACUUCAAACGGGAAUCUUGAUGCUUGUUGCAGCUGUUCCUGUCCUUUAUGUAACCCAUUUAUAGUUCCAUUCUGUUUACAGUGUCAUUGUUUUUAAGGCCCAUCAUAAAUGAUCUCUUAUUAACAUGAUGCACCUUCAGAAACCUUUGAAAUUAACCCCGUUUCUUCACUGUGUAUGUAUUCAGAUCGAGGCCAGCAUUUCACUCUAACAGGCCGUCUGACAGUUAUCUCUCUUUCUCCUCCCUCAACAGCAAUGUCACUGCAUGACUGGCACACCAGUGAACUGGCCAAGCCUUGUGUGGCCUGGGCUAGGCUGCCAUGCAUGAACUACGUGCCUGUCUACUGUUUGCAUGACUUUGCAUUGACCUGCGAAUAACCAGCACACCAGCAGCUGCAGCAUGAGCACUAACAACCCUCUGCAGUGUCAUGCAUUGUAACUUCCAGGCAAGGCAAAAAAUUAAAACUCCUUUCCUCCCUUCCAGCUCCUUACUCCUCAUGUUCUCCUGUUCUUUGUUACCCUCUCUGUUCUCCUUCAUCUCUCCAGCCUUCCCUUACUUUUCACGGACAUGCCUGCUUGUGCUUUCACACCGCAUCAAGUCUGUUACAAUUCAACCUGUGUUACAAACACCAAGGACAGGGGCAGAACAGUGCAUUGUUAGUUCAUACACCCUUUGCUGUUAGUGUGUGACUCAACUGGCUUCCUCAGGAUACCUCAAUGACAUAUUUCCUCAUAUCUGUUGUACUUACAUUAUUGGAGGAGAGUUUGCAUAAGCGUGAGAGAAAUAUUUGAGAGGUGUAGCCCAAAAAUCAGUCUGCAUAACAAAAAAAAAAAUCCCCCCUUUAAACAUCUAAGUGUGUAUCUCCUGCGAUGGUUCUGCCCAACCUCUCCUCAACAUGUUGCUAGAUGGCAUCUUAGAAGUGGUUUUUACCUCAAGUGUUAGAGAGUACAACAAGGAAAGCUUAUGGGGCAUCGCUGUGUUGCCCUGUAGGCUUUUGGACAGUUUGCAGUAGGAGCAUAGGAUGGCAAAAUAAGUGUUUUUAAAAUGAAUAACAUUGUUACAAAUAUGCUUUUAUACAGGUUAAAAGCCCACAUUAAGCCUACAUGCAGUUUUUCUUUACAUCAGAUUUCAUAUUUGAUGUCCAUUUCUUGAUAAAAUGCCCAAGUAAUACAGUUAUGCAGAUAGAGUGGCUGUAUUGUAGUUAACUCCUAUGUUGUCCGUGUUAUUUGUCUCCGUAGCAAAUAACCUGUGGUGUAACUGAGCCAAAAGGCAGAGGCUCAGCUGCAUUUUGUCAAACGUGUAAUGUUUCUAACUACAAAACAGUAUUGCUAAUUUGAUAAAAUAUUGCCUGGAGAAAAAAAAACAUAUGAAAGUGUACAUUAGUUCAUGCAGGCUGAUGUACAGUACAUUCAUUUGGUUGGCUUGAAAGGGCCAACUAUUUUGAAAAAGUAGAAAGGGAAGCCAUUGCAACAAUCUCAAAGGAUCCUGUAUGGCAGUUCAUGGUAACCUUGCGUUUCUGGCAUUAAUGGAAAACAUUUACUGCUUGCACCUGCAGUGUUAAGCGGAUGAGUUAUACAAGAAGCAAUUGACAGCAUCAGUAAUAGGGAAACUUAACUUGGUGUUGCUGUAAGUCAUACUGUACAUUUUGUGUAGCUUUUUUUUUAAACAAAUGUCUAAGUUAAAUUUUAUUUCCAGAGUGAAAAAGACUGGAAAUAAACACCUGGACCUAUAGGAUAGGAUAUAUGCAUUUUAUAGGCAUAAGUGCAUACAUUUUGUCAAAUAAGAGAGAUGGUUGAAUCCUCCAGUUUUAGUGCCUUUGUUUAAAAUAUAUUUAAAAAAAAAAAAAAAAGAAAAACAACAGGCUGGGCUUUUUAGGACUGAAGGCAGCAAGGCAUGCCACCUUUAAAGACCGGUUUUAUUGUGUUAUUUGAAAGGAAGACAACAAAAAUGUCUGAGAUGAGCUUAAAUUUCAUCUACAUGAUAAAAAACUAAAAUUCUGUAGGCUUAAUGAGGGCUUCUCUUCUUGUAUUUUAACCUAUUUUACUCAUAAAUGUUAUAUUGUUUAACCUUGGUUUAAAUCAUGCCGUGCAUUUUUAUCUAAAUGGCUUAUUUAUUCUUUUGCCGCUUGUACAGCAGUGUUGUUACAUUUUUUUUAUUUUAGUAUUAUAUCACCACUUAUACUGUUACAAUGGAUGUGAAGUUUCCAUACAACAUCGAGAUACUGUUAAAUACUUGUCUUAUGCAACAAAAGGAGGAGAUGGUUUGAAUUAGUGUAGUGUUAAAGGUUCCAUUUACCUCCAGUGUUUUCAGGAAGAGGAGUUUCUUCGAAAACUUACCAUGUUUGAAAAUGAAUGUUUUCUCAUCAACAAAAGCACAUUUUUACACUUGUGAAUUUACCGUUACCCGACAAAGAUAAUAUUUUCCAAUGUUUUAGCAAUGGCAACAAAGAUGGGAGUCAUGUUUUUGGGAAAAUGCUUGUUAGCUGGAGGGCAUUUGUAAUUGCAUUAAAAUGAAGUUAGCUCAAAUGUUCGGUUGAUUUAUCUUAAUUAAACAAGUGAAAAUUCAAAAUCAGUUUUCCAGAAGUGAGCCAUGAAACAAUAUCCGCAGGAGGAAUUCAGCUGCAAAGUAAAUCUGUGACGUUUUGUCCAGUUCUCUUCUCGUUUCUGUCCAGAUCUGUGUUUUGUAAACCACUUGCCAUUAACAUCCAGCUGGAAGUUAUAUUACAACACAGAACCCUUUUUAACCGUCCAUCCCCACGAGUCAUCGGUUUGGUAAGAAAUCUGUAUAUAAUGGAACACAUCCACAUUGUGGUCGACCUGUUUAAAUUUAUAUCAGGUAUGUUGGGGAAACAUUUUCUGUUAUUUAAUAUCUCCCUAAGAGGAAGCAUAUUAUGUCGUUCCCUUUCACCCCCCCCCAUCGAGUCAGCCACUGAAUUUUGUUGCUGAUAUGUGUCUGUGUAUAUACUUAUAUUACUGACAAAUAAUGAGAUAGUGGGGGAGAGAAUACAGGACUCCAGAAGCCAGCAAGUUUUGGCCAUUUUCAGACCUUAAUAACAAUUUCUCCUCAAUAAAGAAGGAAAAGUAACAUCUUGAUGUACUGUUAAAGCUACAACUCCAAAUAUUUCCUUUAUAUUUAUGUUUGAGAACUAAAUACCGAAUGAAAGUUGCAGUAAUCUUUACAAAAACCAAUCAUAAUGUGGUGUAUUACUGACACGCCUAAGCUAAAACGAGUACGCAGUGUUCCCUAGUGUUACUUGACUGCUAAUUGCACUUUCCAGUGUGUUAGAGAGAUGAAACAAACACGAUGAGGCUGUUAACAGGUCAGAAUCUUCUCACUAUGCGUGCAGUGUUUGCUGUAUUUUUUUACUCAUUGGAAAACUUUUCUUUACAUAUUGAAGUAGCAAAUAACCUUCCAUUUGCCAACUUUUAUAUUGCUUGUAUACAAAAACACCAUGUAAAUACUAAAUGUGACAGUGAGGUGUCUGGCCAUUUGAGGAAUGAGAAAAUAAAAAUUCAUGUAAAGGUAGAUGGAUUUCAUAUAGCAUCUGUCCGAUGAGGACCUAUUGAUGAAAAUGUGCUUCCUACACUGCAAAACUUGGAAAUGACAUUGUAAAUAAAGCUUGUAUAAAACAG